GUUCGGAAAUUCUGGCAGCCAGCUCUGGCAGCCCACUUCACGUAGGUAACAUCAAACUACAUUCUGUAUUGUAGGCAUGUUUCCAACAGGUCAUGUCAUAUACAGAACUGGAACAUGGGUAUCAAGGUUUGUGUAAGGCAACCAGAGUAACCAGACCAACACACUUUUAUCUAGGAGCAGGCGACCUGGAACUAUGCGAUCCAAACGACGAAAGCUUGAGCCCUCAAGACAUGGAGGAAGAUGGGGGCAAAGUUGUGAUAGUGGGGGUGUGCGCUAUGGAGAAAAAAACGCAGAGCAAGCCAAUGAAGGAGAUUCUGACUAGGCUGCAGGAAUUCGAGUACAUAAAAGUGACAGUUUUUGAAGAGGAUGUGAUUUUACAUAAACCUGUUGAAGAUUGGCCAGUUUGCGACUGUCUAAUAUCAUUUCAUUCCAAAGGGUUUCCAUUAGACAAGGCAAUUCAGUAUUCUCAGUUGCACAAUCCUUAUGUGAUAAAUAAUUUGCAUAUGCAAUAUGACAUUCAAGAUAGAAGAAAGGUUUAUUCCACUCUGAAUGGCGAGGGUAUAGAAAUACCUAGAUAUGCUGUCUUGGAUAGGGAUAGUCCAGAUCCAAAAAAACAUGAAUUGGUAGAAUCUGAAGAUCAUGUGGAAGUAAAUGGAAUAAUUUUCAACAAGCCAUUUGUUGAAAAGCCAGUAUCUGCAGAAGAUCAUAACAUCUAUAUUUAUUAUCCAACAUCUGCUGGUGGUGGUAGCCAGAGAUUAUUCCGAAAGAUUGGCAGUAGAAGCAGUGUUUAUUCUCCUGAAUCGAGAGUAAGAAAAACAGGUAGUUUCAUCUAUGAAGAUUUCAUGCCAACAGAUGGAACAGAUGUGAAGGUCUACACUGUCGGUCCCGACUACGCUCACGCCGAAGCCCGUAAAUCGCCGGCGCUCGACGGCAAAGUGGAGAGGGACCGCGAGGGCAAGGAGAUCCGCUACCCGGUCAUCCUCAGCAACGCCGAGAAGCUGAUCUCGCGCAAGGUGUGCCUUGCCUUCAAGCAGGCCGUGUGCGGCUUCGACUUGCUGCGCGCCAACGGGAAGUCCUUCGUGUGCGACGUGAACGGAUUCAGUUUCGUCAAGAACUCCAACAAGUAUUAUGACGACUGUGCCAGAAUUUUGGGCAACAUGAUUCUGAGGGAACUGGCUCCUACCCUGCACAUCCCUUGGUCGGUUCCCUUCCAACUCGACGAUCCGCCCAUAGUUCCGACGACUUUCGGAAAAAUGAUGGAGUUGCGCUGCGUCGUAGCGGUGAUACGCCAUGGCGACAGAACGCCCAAGCAGAAGAUGAAAGUCGAAGUGAGGCAUCCCAAAUUUUUCGAAAUAUUUGAGAAAUAUGAUGGAUUCAAGCACGGACAUGUGAAACUGAAGAGACCCAAACAACUUCAAGAAAUACUCGACAUUGCCCGUUCACUUUUAACUGACAUCGAACACCAUGAAGCUGAGCCAGCAAUCGAGGAAAAACAGGGAAAAUUGGAGCAAUUGAAAGCAGUAUUAGAAAUGUACGGCCAUUUUUCGGGCAUUAACAGAAAAGUUCAAAUGAAGUAUCAGCCCAAAGGGAGGCCGAGAGGCUCAAGUUCUGAUGAUGUAGAUAAACCUGCUGAGCCUUCUUUGGUGCUGAUUCUGAAGUGGGGUGGCGAAUUGACACCCGCUGGUAGAAUUCAGGCAGAGGAAUUAGGGAGAAUUUUCCGAUGCAUGUAUCCCGGGGGACAAGGUAGACAUUUAGCCGGAGAAUACGCGGGGGCUCAAGGCUUAGGCCUCUUGAGACUCCACUCGACUUUCCGGCACGAUUUGAAAAUUUACGCCUCCGAUGAGGGCAGAGUGCAAAUGACAGCUGCGGCGUUCGCUAAAGGGUUGUUGGCCCUAGAGGGCGAACUGACCCCCAUCCUGGUGCAAAUGGUCAAAAGUGCGAAUACAAAUGGACUUUUGGAUAACGACUGUGAUAGUAGCAAGUAUCAAAAUAUGUGUAAAGCGCGCUUACACGAACUGAUGCAGAUAGAUCGAGAUUUCACUCCCGAAGAUAGGGAAAAAAUCAACCCCUGCGACUCGUCGAGCAUAGCGGACGCCCUGGACUUCGUGAAAAACCCCGUAAGAUGUUGUAGACACGUGCACGUGUUGAUUAAAGAUCUGAUGGAGAUCGUCCAGCUGAAGAAGGAAGAUCAGAAAACGAAAGACGCGAAUUUGUAUCACGGGGAGACUUGGGAACUGAUGGGGAGAAGGUGGGGAAAGAUCGAGAAGGAUUUUUUCACGAAAAAUAAAAAAUUCGAUAUCAGUAAAAUACCGGAUAUCUAUGAUUGCAUUAAAUACGAUUUGCAACACAAUCAACAUACAUUGCAGUACGAGCAGGCAGAAGAGCUGUAUACUUAUGCUAAGUAUUUGGCAGACAUAGUUAUUCCCCAGAAAAAGGAAUACGGUCUGAACACCCAGGAGAAACUGACGAUCGGCCAAGGCAUUUGCACGCCUCUGCUGAAGAAGAUCAAGGCCGACUUGCAACGGAACAUCGAAGAGUCCGACGAAGAGACCGUCAACAGACUGAACCCGAGAUACUCGCACGGAGUGUCAAGCCCCGGUCGGCAUGUCAGAACCAGGUUGUACUUCACCAGCGAGAGCCACAUACAUUCGUUGAUCACCGUUCUGAGGCACGGAGGAUUAUUGGACGUCAAGAAGGACGAGCAAUGGCGGCGAGCGAUGGAGUACGUGUCCAUGGUGUCGGAGCUGAACUACAUGUCGCAGAUCGUGAUCAUGCUGUACGAGGACCCGACCAAGGACCCGAGCAGCGAGGAGCGCUUUCACAUCGAGCUGCAUUUCAGCCCUGGCGUAAAUUGUUGCGUGCAGAAAAACCUGCCGCCCGGACCUGGCUUCCGGCCACAUUCCCGGAACGAGUCUGCCGCCAGCAAAAAUUCCAGUCUGAAUACAUCUGCCACUGCCACUCCCGAGGACGCGAAAAGCCGAUGUUCGCCGAGGAUAGACGAGGAGGUGGAGUUAGCGAUGGAUGAGGACAAGGAGGCGUCGUCGUGUCCUGUCAUGGUUAGGGACUCCUCGCCGAUGAACAUGGCCGACUUCACGCCGCCAGACUCGCCCGAACUGCCUUACAGGAACCACACGAAGUCGGAUCCGAUACCAAUUGGAAGUUCCCAUACUGUUAGUGGGCAUGAAGCAUCUCACCUUGCUAAGAGACUCAACGAAGAACUUGCAAACCAAGCUGCCCAACAGAACAACAAAAGUUACGGGUCGAAUCGAUCGACUAGCCCAGAACCUGAACAAAGAUCUAGGAGCUAUGAUCACAAGAGUCCACAAAAAGGAAAGCCUGAAAAGUUACAUCAAAGUUUGGACGCGGUUAAUAACCAAGAGGCCGGGCAUGCGGUCGCGAAGCGCCAUCGUCACAGCAUUGCCGGGCAGAUGAGCUACUUCAAGAUGCUGGGGUUCGGCUGCGGCGGCCCAAUGGGGAUCAAGAAGAUGGUUGGCAACAGCGCCAAUUCGCUGUUCUCGACGGCGGUGAUCAGUGGAAGUUCGAGCGCGCCGAAUCUGAGGGAUAUGAUAACGAGUUCGAAUAGUGCGACAGCCAUAGACGGUUUCGGAGGAGUACCAGCAAUAAGACCUUUGGAAACGCUGCAUAACGCUUUAUCUUUGAAGCAAAUCGAUACGUUCUUGGAUAAAAUGACAUCGGCUCCACUGUAUCGAACUCCGUCAGACACUCCUCCGAGGUACCCUUCAACACCGUUGCCAACACCAACCAAUGGGACAAUAUUGUCGACAGGUUCGAUGUUGGGAAAAUCCAGGCCGCUCAAGUUACAAUCACCGUCUAAUAGUUUUGGUUGGAGCGGCCCCCCUAGUUUGAUGUCCAGCAGUGGUCCCUCGUCUCCGGGGUUCUCCGAAAGCAACUCCAAAGGGGAAAGCAGCAGCGACAUGUCAUCAAGCCUCAUAAGCGGCGACGGCUUGACAGUAGACAAUAUCAAUAAAAUAUUCCCAACUACUCCAGGCCUGGAUCAAGACCUGGGCAGUGUUGUUAUGCUUUUGGAUUCUUUUGAUAGAGACAUGUCAGAGUCCAUGGAAUUUACUGAUUAUUAUUCUUCUUCCACGAAGCCAAAAGGUUCUGAGAGUGGGGAAAUCACUCCAGUGUCAGGUUCCGAAGUGGAUUUCAAUACGAACGAUGCCACAGCCGGAUCCAGCGCGGAUUGCGACGUCACAAUGACCGAAGACAUGGACACGUCGUACGUCGCGCCUGAAGAUGACAGCGUAGAUCCUGACGAAACGGUGACCAACGCCAAACUGAGCGCUUUCUCCAGUAUUUUCGGCACACAGCGUAGUGCCGUCACCCUGGAUAACAAUUUGUUCCAGCCACUUCCCGUCCAGAGAAUCAUUUCUCCAACGAGCACAAACGUUAAUCUUUGUACAAAUGUUUUGUCUUCGAAUUCCGAUAGCUUAAGGCACGUGGAGAAUACAGAAAGGACCCAACCAGCUGUUAAUAUGACAGUUAACGAAUUCAAUGAGAAAGACUUGAAAAAUAUUAUAAAGAAAGCGAAUAUAUUCGAAAAAGAAAUUGCCAGUUCCAGUGUUAACCUGAGUAAUCCGAGCAUGGACAAGUGGUCUACUAAUAAAGAGAAGUUCCUGGAAAAUAAAACCUUCACCAAAACGGACAAUAUCGAUUUCGGCAAAAACUUGAACACGAACUUUGAGAAAAAAGUGGAAAAAGAAAACGAGUUGACGAAAAUCAAACCUGGGAGCAUCCUGGUCAGAGAAGGUUUCAUCGAGCCACCGAGGAUAUCCAGGAUUUCGAGGAGUUUCCAUGGGAAAUCUAACGCCGAGAGUGGGUCGAUGGAUAUCCUGAGUAGCCCUAGGAGGGCUAGUGACGGUCCGGUUGCUAAACUGAACAUUCCGUCAAAUUUCCACGAGCCUAACGCUCAUACGGGCGCCAGACCUAAAAGCAACGUUGAGAAACUGGCUUAUUCGAGUAAACCUCAAUUGAUGACGCAGUUGUCACAGCCUGGCCCGAGCACGUUACUGUCACCGGGGUCUCAGCCCAGGAAAUCGUCUCUUUUAGAAUCGGUGUCAAAACCUCAACGAUUCACUACGAUAAGAGUAGACGAGGCGGAACACGCUGCUUCAGUUGCAUCGAAUGUUCCACCUAAUGAGACCAAUGAACUACCGAGUAGUUGUGAGACCGUGGAGCAUGUUCCUAAUAACAGUUCAUUUUUUAUAUGCAGAAGCAACAGCAAGAAGAGGAAUAGUAGCGAUAACAGCGAACGCGUAAGACUAACUAGAAAUAAUUCUGAUAAAUCGUCGACUUCAUAGGAAUUUGGUACUGGCAAGAAAUUAUUGAUAUUUAUUCCAGUACAUUUUUGUACAAUCAAUCAUUCAUCUACUUACUUUAGAGUUAGUAUUUUAUUCCAUAUACAUGAACAAAACAUGUUUUCUUCAUAUAUUUUUUAUUUAAAAUGUUUUAAUAAUCAGUCUUGCAUAUUCUAUAUUAAUUUACAGAUAUAAAGAUGGUUUGUAUGGUAUACCAAUGAUUGAAAAAUAAACGUCAUAUUAUGACAUUCCUCCAAAUGCUGUAAUUACUUAU